UGCGUACACGUUGCAACACAGAAGAGCAUCUUAUUCUGGAAAGAUUUCUUUCUCGACUUUUCCUAUCGCAGGAAUGCAGCUCUAGACCGUUAGCCGUACUCUCGAAGAGCCGCUAGAGUUGUUGCGGAUUUCGGAAGCUUGACGAUCACGGCGUUCGUUUUGUUUGCUGCCCUUUAGGUAUUCGGCGUUUGCGUAUUUUUACGAUUGCUCAUUCUGUAAAAGGAGAAGCAUAUAGAUUGCAAAAUGGAAGGGCCUGAAGGAAGUACCCCAAAUACAACUAUUUUGGGGACAACUGAUAAUAAUGUUAAACUAUUUGCAGUUAUUGCUGCUAUUAGUAUACCCAUCAUACUUUCCAUGGCCCUCUCAGGGAAGAAGAAGUCAAGAAAGAGAGGGGUUCCAGUAGAAGUUGGUGGUGAGGCAGGUUUUGCAAUGCGUAAUGCUAAGUAUACCCAAUUGGUGGAUGUUCCCUGGGAAGGUGCCACUACUGUGGCAGCUCUAUUUGAGCAGUCCAGCAAAAAGCAUUCGCGGGAACGUUUCCUUGGAACAAGAAAAGUAAUAGGUAGGGAAUUUGUAGCAGGAAGUGAUGGAAGGAAGUUUGAGAAGCUUCACUUGGGAGAGUACCGUUGGGAAAGUUAUGGUCAGAUAUUUGAUCGUGCUUCCAACUUUGCAUCUGGUCUUGUUAAAUUGGGUCAUGAUGUGGACACUCGGGCUGCUAUUUUCUCUGAAACUCGUGCAGAGUGGUUCAUUGCCUUUCAGGGAUGCUUCCGCCAAAGUAUUACUGUUGUUACCAUUUAUGCUUCUCUAGGGGAUGAUGCUCUUAUACACUCUUUAAAUGAGACUCAAGUGUCCACACUAAUUUGUGAUUCCAAACAACUGAAAAAGUUAGCUGCGAUUAGUUCAAGCUUGAAAAGCAUCAGGAAUGUCAUUUAUUUUGAAGAUGAUGAGACUGCAAAUGAUUCCAACCUUUCUAAGCCUACUGGAAACUGGACGGUGUCUUCUUUUUCUGAAGUUGAAAAGCUUGGUAAAAAUGCACCUAUUAAUCCUAGACUGCCUAUCAAGACUGAUAUUGCUGUCAUCAUGUAUACAAGUGGCAGUACAGGAUUGCCUAAGGGUGUUAUGAUAACUCAUGGCAACAUUGUAGCUACAUCGGCUGCAGUUAUGACUGUGAUCCCAAACCUUGGAACCAAUGAUGUCUAUGUGGCAUACUUGCCUCUAGCUCAUGUUUUUGAAUUGGCUGCUGAGAUUGUGAUGAUGGCUGGUGGUGCUUCAAUUGGCUAUAGUUCAGCAUUGACGUUAACAGACACAUCCAAUAAAAUCAAGAAAGGAACCCAGGGAGAUGCUUCAGUGCUAAAGCCUACUCUAAUGACAUCUGUUCCUGCCAUUCUCGAUCGUGUUAAAGAUGGAGUAAUAAAGAAGGUUGAUGAGAAAGGAGGUUUUGCUAAAAGCCUGUUCAACAUUGCUUUUAAGCGCCGACUAAAAGCUAUAGAAGGAAGCUGGUUUGGUGCAAGAGGCCUAGAAGCUCUAUUGUGGGAUAUUAUCAUUUUUAAAAAGAUUCGAUCAGUACUAGGGGGGAAAAUACGUUUCAUGCUUUGUGGUGGAGCUCCUUUGUCUGGAGAAACACAAAGGUUCAUCAACAUCUGUGUGGGAACUCCAAUUGGACAAGGUUUUGGGUUGACAGAAACCUUUGCUGGAGCUGCUUUUUCUGAGGCGGAUGAUGUUUCUAUUGGGCGUGUUGGUCCACCACUUCCUUGUGCCUAUGUCAAGCUUAUUUCUUGGGAAGAAGGUGGUUAUACAAUAAAUGACAAGCCAAUGCCCCGAGGAGAAGUUGUUGUUGGUGGAUGCAGUGUUACCUCUGGCUACUUCAAUAAUGAAGUGAAAACUAAUGAGGUGUACAAAGUUGAUGAAAGGGGUAUGCGAUGGUUUUACACUGGUGAUAUUGGAAUGUUUCAUCCUGAUGGAUGCCUUGAAAUUAUUGAUAGAAAGAAGGAUAUUGUAAAACUUCAACAUGGGGAGUACAUCUCUCUUGGAAAGGUUGAGGCAGCACUUAUGUCAAGCAAUUAUGUGGAUAACAUAAUGGUCUAUGCUGAUCCCUUUCACAAUUAUUGUGUAGCUCUAGUUGUUCCUUCACAGCAGAUCCUUGAGAAAUGGGCACAGGAAAACAGUAUAGAGUACAGAAAUUUUUCUGAGUUGUGUGACAAAGCAGAAGCCAUCAAAGAGGUUCAGCAAGCUCUAUCUCAGGUAGCCAAAGCUGCAAGAUUGGACAAGUUUGAGACUCCUGCGAAGAUUAAGCUAAUACCAGAGCCAUGGACUCCAGAAUCUGGAUUAGUUACAGCAGCUCUUAAAUUAAAGAGGGAGCCGAUCAAGGCCCGGUUUAAGGAGGAGCUUGAUAAAUUGUAUAAAUGAUGAGUCAACUUUCUUUAAUCUGAUUCGCUUUAAGCUCAUCAGUAUGGCUCCAUGUUCUUCCUUCGGAAUCAGCAUUAUCAAUUUAUGUCUCAGACUCCUGCCACAGUUUCUUUGUAUUCUCCAUGAAAUGCUGAGCGUGUAAUAAUUUUCUGCUGCGAGUACUUCCAUUCCUAUUUCUUGCGUUGUAUAUAUUCAUUUUAUGUCGGUACACCUUUACAUUUGGAUUAUGGAGAAUGCUCAUUUCAUAUGCCC